AUGGAGAUCGAUCAAGAGAUCAAAUUACCAGUCAAGCUUAAUAAUGACCCAUUCAAUUUCGAUGAUGAUUUUAAUAAGGAAAAUGUUGAUGAAAACGGAAACAGAAUUGAGGAGCAGAAAAAGAAGAAGCCUAGAGUACCAAGAAUCAAGCUUGAUCACAACUAUCUUAUUGAUAAUCCCUUAGGAAUGAAGAAUCUCUACAAAACAAUGGUUAUUGAUAAGGAUAAGAAUCUGCAGUUUAGGGGAGCAGGCCAUGAACAUAGUGAUUUUAAGAAGCUGAUGAAUGUGUAUAAGAACUGGCAUUUCGAGGCAAUGCCCAAACUAGAAUUUAGUUUCUUCGCUGAAAGGCUAAUUAAGGCUGGAAAUGAUAAGGCAAUGAGAGUUUAUAUGAGCAAAUUAAGAUAGAUCUAUAAGGGAGAUCUGAUGACGGAUGAAUUUGCUGAUCUCUACAAGUAAGCAGAAAAACCUACUGAUAGCAAAUCAAUUAAUGAUAAGCCGAAUCCUGAAGGAGAUAAACCAAUGUUUGAAUAUAUUAAUACAUCAACAACCAACAAUAAAAGCUAGCCUAAGAGAGAUCUUUAUGGCAAUAUUAUUGAUGAAUAUGAAGAGGAAAAGCCUUUCUUUAAGCUAAUGGAUCCUGCAAACACUUUUAGUAACUAAUAAUAGUCUAAUGCAUAGUUCAAUCUCCCAGUUACUUAAAUAAAACAACAAAAUGAACUAACACAGGAAUAGCUCCGAAUGAUAGAAGAAAAUCGAAGGAUAGCGAUGGAAAAGAAGCGCAAAAGGGAAGAAGCUAUGUAGAAUAGUAAUGAAAGCAAUCAUCAUUAUGAUGAGCAAAUGCAAGAUAGCUAUGCUAAUAACUAUCAAAAUAGCAAUAAUAUGGAUUAGAGUACAAUGGAUAACAGGCCGGCUAAAAAGCAAUAGACUGAGCAGAAUUCUCAUUAUAACAUUCAGGCUAAAAGCUAGAAUUAGACAUAAAUUGAAGGGCAAGGCAGCAUUGCCAAUCAGGUGAAUGAUGAUAUUGGAUUCCAAAUGAUUUUCAACUAGACAUAGGAAGAAGAUAUGAUAGAUAUAGAUAAUGGAGAGCUGGCUGAUUGCUUAGAUGACAUCGAUAAUAUAAUAGAUAGUUAACUAGAGAAUGGAUAAUUUGACAGGAAAUUGGAUGAGGAUGACGAUGGCCACUUUGAGUAUAAUUGA